AUGGCGGAGGAGAAGAAAGUUGCUCCGAUUGGUGUCUGGACUGCCGUCAAGCCUUUCGUCAAUGGUGGAGCUUCCGGUAUGCUCGCAACUUGCGUUAUCCAGCCGAUUGAUAUGAUCAAGGUGAGGAUUCAACUAGGUCAGGGAUCUGCAGUGAGUGUGACCAAGAACAUGUUGAAGAAUGAUGGUAUUGGGGCUUUCUACCAGGGAUUGUCUGCUGGUUUGUUGAGGCAAGCAACUUACACCACAGCCCGUCUUGGAUCCUUCAAGAUGCUGACUGCAAAAGCAAUUGAAGCUAACGAUGGGAAGCCGCUACCUCUGUAUCAGAAGGCUCUAUGUGGUCUGACAGCUGGUGCAAUUGGUGCUUGUGUUGGUAGUCCAGCCGAUUUAGCGCUUAUCAGAAUGCAAGCUGACAACACCUUGCCGUUAGCUCAGCGCAGGAACUACACCAAUGCUUUCCAUGCGCUUUACCGUAUUAGCGCUGAUGAAGGAGUUUUAGCGCUUUGGAAAGGUUGUGGUCCCACUGUUGUCAGAGCUAUGGCUUUGAACAUGGGAAUGCUUGCUUCUUAUGAUCAAAGUGCUGAGUACAUGAGGGAUAAUCUCGGUCUUGGGGAGACUUCUACCGUUGUAGGAGCAAGUGCUGUUUCAGGUUUCUGCGCUGCGGCUUGCAGUCUUCCAUUUGACUUUGUUAAAACUCAGAUCCAGAAAAUGCAACCUGACGCUCAGGGGAAGUAUCCAUACACGGGUUCGCUCGACUGUGCAAUGCAAACUUUGAAAUCAGGAGGACCUCUGAAAUUCUAUACAGAUGACAUGGAUCUUCCUGAACCAGAUUACAAAGUUUCAAAAGACCAUUGGUCUGUAAGCUUCAAGCUUUGUGAAAUGCGCGCCGAGAAUAAAGAUGAGAACUAA